AUGCUGCUCAACCCUCUCGACCCGACCUUCCUCUUCCUCGCCUCCUCCUUCGUCUCCGUGCUCUUCAUCGACGCCGACGCCGAGGCGAUGACGCUGACCAUGCGCCUGCCGUCGGCGGGCGAUGUGCUGCAAUAUGUCUCAGACCCUGCGGUUGGUGUUGGCCUCGCCGAGUUGUGCGUGUUUCUCUAUCUCACGCGCGGAUCCGCGGCACUCAGCCGGAGCCGCUCGCUGGCCAUGCACUGGCACCUGUGGAACGGCGUGAUAAUCUACACGGUCAUGGACGGCUGCGCAGGAGGCUUUGGCUUCGUCCCACGCCUGUCCCGCUUCUACGGCAUCCUCGACCGUCGCUACCGGCGCGACCUGGUCGGCACGCCCGCCGGGCCCAGCGUGUACGAGGUUGCGGUCGCGCGAACCGUGAACGCGACAGAGCUCUUCGUCUACACCUGGCUCUCGCUCGCUGCGGCGGUGGGCGUGGCGACGCGGGCGACGUGGCAUCGCACGAUCGAGGCGGCAGUGCUCGCGAUGGCCGCCUACGGGUCGCUGCUCUUCAUGGCGCCUGACAUGCUCGACGGCUGCCUCAACCAGCAGCCGUUUGGCGUCGCCGACUGCUUCCCACCGGUCACACCGUUCACGUUUUUCUUCGUCUACUUUGGCGUGCUCAUCAACUGGAUUUGGCUGGGCGUGCCGGUCUGGAUGCUCGCCGUCCGGGUGAGGCGGGACGUUCGCGCCCAGGCUUUGAAGAAGCGGGCGUGA